AUGAACAGUAUAAGAGUCUCCAAUGAAGUACUACCCCACAAGGUGACUAAGUACAUUGUAUAUGAAGAUAAACUGCUGGAGCUUUUUAGAAGAUGCCCUGUCUGCACCCGGAGUUUGGUUGUUUCACAGACAACCAUUGGGACACUUCUCCGUGUCAAACAGCACUGUGCUUACUGCGAGUACUCCAGUGAUUGGUCGAGCCAGCCAAUGGUAAACAACAUACCAGCAGGAAACUUGCAGCUCUCUGCAGCUGUUCUGUUCACUGGCUCAUCGUUUUGUCAGAUAUCGAAGUUCUUGGAUGCCUUCAAAAUCCAGGGGAUCUCUGAGUCGUGCUUCCACAAGCAUCAGGCCAAGCUCCUUAUCCCAACCAUAAACUGGCAGUGGAAAAUUGAGCAGGAUGAAGCUAUUAUAAAUGCGAUUGCAGAUGGGGCUGUGACUCUUGGUGGGGACAUGAGAGCUGAUUCACCUGGACAUUCAGCAAAAUAUGGCAGCUACACCAUGAUGGACCUUAAAGCCAAUAGGGUCAUAGACAUCCAGCUAGUACAGAGCAAUGAAGUUGGAAACAGCCAACGGAUGGAGAAGGAGGGAUUUGAAAGAAGCCUGUCUCUUCUUGAGGACAGAGGUGUUGUGGUCCAGUCUUUGGUGACUGAUCGUCACACAGGGGUACAGAAGUUUAUGCGGGAGCAAAAAAAGGACAUUAGACACUUCUUUGACCCUUGGCAUAUGGGAAAAGGGCUUGGUAAGAAAAUUGAUGCCCUUAGUAAGGGUAAGGGACUGCAGGAUGUGGGGCUGUGGAGAAAGAGUGUGGUAAAUCAUCUUUAUUGGUCUGCGACCACAUCAACAUCUGGGGAGGAGGUAGUGGCCAAGUGGAGCUCUGUAGCGAACCACAUUCAGAACAUCCACUGCCACGAAAGCACCCUGUUUCCUUCUUGUCUCCACGAGCCUCUUGUUGGUGAUCAGACAAGACACUGGCUCAAACCAAGCACAGCAGCAUGUGAAAAAUUCACAGCAAUUUUGUUGUCACCACGUCUUCUUAAAAACAUGCAGAAAAUCAGUCGAGAAUACCACACAUCUGGAAUCGAGUGUUUCCACAGCCUCAUUCUGAAGUUCUCACCAAAAAAUUUGGUGUUCUCCUUCAAAGGAAUGUUGUGCAGGUAA